CAUAAGUGAUAGUUAGUUUCUUGAUAGUUGAAUUUCCCGAUGAGAAAUUAUUGGAUGGUAGUAUACCCAUGGAGAUAAUUUCUCAUUUGUGGGUAUUCAGCACAGAGGGAAAGGAUUUUUUUUGUUGGCCCAACAUAAGAUCCCUCUCAAGGAAGAAACUCCUCCUUUCCCACACUCCAUCAGAAGAAUUUCCUUUUGUGGAGUGUGCCAUCAAGAUUCUUUACCGCUCAGGUAUAUAGAUAAAGGAUAUUUACAGCAAUAAUAAAAAUUUUUUAUAUUUUCAGAUGCUUAUUCGAGAUGUGUGGAAAAGCUGAAAGGCUUUCAGAGCAAUGUGGAUGUGUCUGAAACCUCAGCGGGUGAAGAGGUGAGAAAGAGGAGGGUUCGGAGUCGAAGGAUAUCGUCCUCUGAUUCCUCAGAAAUGGAUGAUAUUCCCCCUCCUCCAAAACUUCCAAAAGUAGGUCCUUCAUCGGUGAGACUUGCCAAUUUGGAAAAUACCAUAAGGCAGAAUGAGGGGGUGACUGGAGGUAGUUCCUCCUCAAGGAUAAUCACAGAUGAAAGGGAAAUUCCACAAGCAGAUACGUCAGCAAGGAAGACGGAAUGCGCAAGUUGCGAGAAAAUUUCUGUAUUAUUCGAACGUCUUCUCAGACAGGGAGAAAGGAAUGCAGAGAAAAUUGAAUUCCUCACUCGGAUAGUUUUAAAAUUAACUGAUGACUUGAAGAAACGGGAUGAUGAUGGAAGUUCCAUUCUCACAGAAUUCUCCAUCAUCGAGUCAAUUCCAAGACUGGAGGAGUUCAAUGAAAGCCUUUCGGAUGCAGAAAAAUUUAAAGAAAUGAUCUCACAAUUUCAAGUGCUCGGUGGAAGCAAUGUAGGGAAAAAUGUCAGGAGAAUUUUGGGAAAAAUGAUCUCGAACACCCUGGCCCUUAGAAUUAAUUGGACGAGGAGAUUGGAAAAAUAUAAUUUUUCAAAAUAAGAAAAUAUUUCGAAACUCAUAUUAGGUAAGCAAAUGUAUAUCAACUCAGCUUCA